UUAUCUAUUCUUAUGCCAAGUAUAAUAGAAACAUUCUAUCAAUUUCUUCUUUAAUUUUCGACCCUUUUCGUCCAAUUCAGCUCAAUUUUAUGUCAUCAGAUAAAUAACAUGACCAAUUGUGUGGUAGCUGCAUAUUUAUGAGUUGAUCUCUAGUAAUAUCCAAUUGAAGUUAAUUUAGCUAUUCAGAUUGCGGACUUGUUUUAAUGGGUGCUCUAAAGCUUUUGUGUUGUUUAUUAUUGUAAAAAUUAAUUAACUAAAAAAGGUCUCUAAUUUUGUUAUUUUUAGUUUUCAAAUAGCCUCGUUUCAAGUUUCACUUUAAGCCUCGAAAUUUGUUGGACCGACGACCUUGCCUUUUUCAAUGGGUGCUCCUAAGCAAAAAUGGACCGGAGAAGAAGAGGCAGCUCUAAAAGCCGGAGUACUCAAACACGGAGCUGGAAAAUGGCGCAUCAUACUUAAAGACCCAGAAUUCAACAUCAUUUUGUGUAAUCGCUCAAAUGUAGACCUCAAGGACAAAUGGAGGAACUUAACUAUGACGACAACAUCGAGAUCAAGGAAGAAGACAGAAAACAUUUUGUUUCUACCUCCACCUAAAGUUGAAAAUAAUAACCAAGAUUCGAGUGGAAUAUCAAGACUGGAUCAUGGGAUUGCGUCAACUUCAACAAAAAUACGCGAGGAAACAAGAAAUGAUUCUCCAAAAGCAACCGAGAGAAAUGAUGAUGUCAACUUCCUUUCAAAAUACGAAGAAAUCAAUGAAGAGAUUUUUAAAAUGAUGAAGGGUCUCACACCUGAACAGGCGGUAGAAGUAACUGCAAAAGCAAUGGAGGAGGCAGAAGCUGCCCUGACUAAGGCUGAUGAAGCAACUAAGGAGGCAGAGGUUGCUGAAGAUGAAGCAGAGGCUGCACGAUUGUUUGCAAAAGCAGAAAUGAAGAAAGCACUAAAAAUGCUCAAGAUUUAA